GUACCUACCUCCUAGAACAGUCAUUCGAGCCAGGUGACAGGUCCCGAGUUAAGUUGACGGACGUCGGGCUUAUACCUACAGAAUGACUAGUGAAAAUAACGAACAAUAAAUUGUGUGUUUGUGUCAAGAUACAUCAUCUGUUAUUUGUUAGCCCACAAGUGUUAUCCAUUUCAAGUUUCAACAAUUUUUACAAAUUUAUAGCACGAUUAUGUAGCUAGGGUACAAUACCGUCUCGGUAAUAAAUAAAACAAUUAAACGAAAUUAUAUUCGCAACAGGACAGGGACGAAUAUAUUACUGGAGCUCGAAAUAUAGAUUUGUCUUAUUUUAUUGACGGUAGAUUGUGGGAAAACGUUCAAAAUUAAAAAUGAAUUUUGGAGAAAUAUUCGAACCGGCUACCAGAACGGCAUGGGAAGACUGGGAUGAUGAUUUGCUGAGCAACGUAUCUAAGUUAGUCUGGCAAUCACCUUUAGAAGUUCCAAAAAAUAUUAAGUUGCUAAUUAUACUUGAUGGAAAGUUCACUUCAGACUGUAUAAGAUUACAGAAGCAAGAAUCAGUUGAACUAAUUAACAGCAUCAAGAACAUAAAUUUGUGCUUGUAUAAAGUUAAAUAUAGCGACUCCUACAUUUGUGUACUGAAAGACUAUGAUUUGCUCUACAGUAGUGAAAUAGUUGAGCUGUUAAGAGAAAUUCUUAUUGCAAGCAGAGAUGUUGUGUCGGUAUUAAAUAAACCCAUAAUGGAAUACCAAACCACACACACCCGCAAUCAUUCAUGUGUAAUAAGGUCUUUGUGUACAUCUAUAAAAUCUUCAAAUUUAAAAGGACUUCAUUUUACAAGAUUGGAACAACCUAACAUAAUUUCAGGUGUAACUGCUGGAGUUUUAAGUUUAAGGGAACAUUUGAAUUUACCUGCCACUGCAGUGCUUUACUACCUUGAAUUUCUAGAAAGUCAUCAAAUGAAGGCAAUACAUAAUUUGUUGGAAAAUCUUUCUGUUUCUUAUGAAACAAAUAUUGGAUCAAAUAACAUUGUUAACUCUAAUUUAUAUAUAUGAUCUGUGAUGGAAAAGAUUAUGUUUAUAAUAAAUCAUAAAAUAAAACAUGUUA